AUGAUAUCUGGUAAAAAAAAUUUACAAAUACCUCAAGUUGAUGCUUCUUUAGAUAAGCCAUUAGAUAAGGAUGCUCCACCAACUAUUUAUGGUACUUCGUUGACUCCUGAAUUAGCUACUGCAUCUUUAAACUUAUCUGUUGAUUUUAUUAAGCAACAGCAAUCAAUUGCUAAUAAGUUUUUAUUAUUUCAUCCAUUCACAUUAUUCUCUAUAGGUACAAUUGUUACACUUUACCUUGCUUUGAAUUUAUAUUAUCCUGGUAAUAUCACUUCAAGUUCCAUCUCUGGUUAUUUAUAUCAAUUUUUCUUACUAAAUAAAAGACAAUUAGGUACUGGUGCUAUAUUGACUUUGGGAUCAACCUCUUUUAUUUUCACCUUAUUAUCAAGAGUCACUGAUGCUUAUUUUAAAAGUAAAAUUAAUGAAGUUACAAAUUCCAAUGGUGAAGUCAUAUUUGGUGUGAAUCUACCAAAGCUAUCAAGUUCAAAUGAUUCCAAAGAAGCCAACUCCCCUCAACUGAAAAAUACUCAUAUCGUUGUAUAUAGACAAACCCCAAUUGCUUUGGUUACAGUUAAUGAAAAUAAAGUCUUAUCUUCUGACGAAUCUUUAGUUAUGUCAAUGUCAAGUAUUGGUUGUCGUAGAGUUUAUAUUAAGAGUGGUAUUUUAGAAGAUUUAUUGGAUUGGUCAAUGAUUCGUACUAGAACAAUUGCUAAAGAAGGUAAAUAUGGCCAAUCGAUGAAACUUGUGUAUGCUAUUUAUUCGUUUGAUGAAGAAAUGAAAAAGGUUUUAUUAAGGAAAGGUUUCAAGAAAGUUCAAUCUGUUAAAAUUAGAGAUAAUAGAUUAUUAGGUGGUUUAUUCGGUAUUGAAACUGAAUUAUGGGGUGUUCAAUUUCGUAUUGAGCCAACAAAAUAA